AGUCUGGCAAAGAAUGUGUUACUGUAUUCUUUUGUACAGUACGGUAUGUCUAUUUGUACAAGUUCAAGAAACGAAGGUCUUGCUAGCGUUGACUUUAGUUAUAAGUGUACCAAUCAUUAAAUACCGUUAAACAGCAUUCAUGUGUCCUUGUUUAUCAGAGAAUGAGCAAUGCUAUUAUAUAUCUCUUAAAUAGUAUGAAAGGUUCAUUCAUGCGUAAAGUUUAUCAAACAUUUGAUGAGCGUUUUGAGUUAAACUUAAAACGUCAGUAUUAAUCAGUAUAAGUUAUAAGAUAUGCAUUAAGUAUUUACAUGUCGUAUAUUUCACCCUGAUGGUACAGCAGGUAGUUUGGCCUACAGCCCUGAGGUGAGCACGAGAGGGAUGGUUAUUACCUCAUCAUCUUAAAGGUAUCUUAAUGCAAAGUGGACUCAAACAUCGGCCUCACCACAAUGGCUUCCUACUUUGAUGAACACAACUGUGAGCCCACCAACCCGGAGGAGCAGUAUCGUCAGAACGCACUACUUGAGCUGGCCAGGUCUUUGAUGCAGGGCUUGGACUUAUUCGACUCGGGGGCGUUCGACUUGUCCGACUGGGACCAGCGUCUCCCUCCUCCGGCUGCCAAAACGGCUGUUCAGACCCUCACUGUGGUCAUCAUUUCUCCAGAGCAAGCAGAUAAAGGUCUCAAGUGUCCUGUGUGUUUGCUGGAGUUCGAGGCACAAGAGUCAGUUCGAGAAAUGCCUUGCAAACAUCUUUUCCACUCCGGAUGUAUACUGCCCUGGUUGGGCAAGACCAACUCCUGUCCGCUGUGCCGCCUUGAAUUAGCGACUGACAAUUCAGAGUAUGAGGAGUUUAAAAAAGACAAGGAGAGAAGAAAACAGAGGGAGCACCGGCUGGAGGACCUACAUGGAUCCAUGUACACAUGACUCAACUGUGCUGUGGCACAGCGACUUUUUACAGAAAUUUAUGAGAAAAAUGAAUGUUUCAGGAAAUGCAUAAUGCUGCAUUCAUGCCAUUUCGUGCAGAACUUAAUUUCAAGCAUGCGAUAGGGAAAAACUCUCAUGUCAGCCUCAUAUCUGUAGUGAUGAGUCAGGAAUAUAAAUGACAUCUUCACUAUCUACCAAUUGGCAAAAAUAACUACAGAAUUACAAGCUGUAAAGCCACCAUCACUGAAUAAUAUCCCACAUUCAAAAACUAUGUAACACCAUUCUAAAAAAACAAAACAACGAAUUUGGUUUGACUGCAUUCGGGGUAAUCAUCGGCAUGAAUGCAGCAUAAGCAACAGGAUCAUUGAACAUGCUCAUAUUUCAGUUGGAUAAAUGUUCUUUUCUUUGUAGUUAGGAUGAAAAUAUUUUAUGACAAGUAUGAUGUUGACGGCGGCCCUGAAGCAUUUCUGUUUUUAUUCCUUUUUGAUUUAAAUCUAUAACCUUUUAAACGUCUGUUCAGGUGUAUUUGUCAAAUUUAUAUGAUUUAUUUAAACACAGGAAUAUAUUUUAAUCACCGACUCUUUUCAUUUUUUCCACAGAAAUAAUUUUUAAAGCGCACUUCAGUAAUGCAAUAUGAAUAGUAUACACUUACAUAUAUUCUGCAUUUUAUGUCAGGUACCCUGUCAGGUAAAUGCCCCCACUGUCAUACGGGCUGUCAUUAGGUUUGUUUUCUUCAAGCCAAGGUACGAACUGAACAAUCUCUUCUCGAGCCACAGAAUAUAUACAACUACUUUCACUGGCUGAGUAGUACUUGCCUCAUGCUGAGUAAACUGACCUUUUUGUGUAAAAUUGUUUGGUUCCCCUUUAACUUGUCCCGUGAUGUUUGAGGAGGCAACGCCUCUCUUCUGGCCGAGACAGAGGAACACUUAAUAACACAACCAGUGUGAUCUGGAUUGUUUUUUUGAUUCUCCUACAUCACAUGCAGAUUUAUACCACUUCUAUACUACAACAAUAAUCUGGGGAAAACCCAUGUUUGCUAUUUGUGCAUGUGGUAACACACAAUGUAGAACUUGCAACCUUGCUGACUCAACUUAGGUAGGAUUUUUAACCAGCAGUACAUUAUGCAAGUUAGCCAUUCUUUGUCAUAUGCCAAAAGUUAUUUAUAAUUGUGUUUAAAAUGAA